ACUUUCUGUCCCUUCGUAAUUACAACAACAAAAAAUUGAAAUUAGCAUUUGUGUAAUUUUCUUUGAUAAAAACUAAAAAUGAGUGAAGAAUCAGCAAAGUUACGUAUGAAUUUAGUAGCUAUUCAAAACGCCGACCCAUAUGCAAAAAAAAUUCUUGACAGUAGUCCUCAUGUUGCGUUCUAUAAGUUUGUUAAUUCCGAAUGGGAAAAAUCAGAAAUUGAAGGCUCUUUCUUUGUGUAUUCGCGUGUCGCCGAACCAUUAAACAGCAUUUUUAUCAACAAUCGUCUGAAUACAAAUUCUCUGGUUGAACCGAUUACAAAGCAAAUUGAGUUACAGUCUCAGCCUCCAUUUCUUCUCUACCGAAAUCAAAGAUCAGCAAUAUCGGGAUUUUGGUUUUACUGUAAGGAAGAUUGCGUUCGUGUGCAUUCUCUUCUGGAGAAUUUGAUAAAGAAAUGUAACAAUGCAAAGCCUUCAGACAAUAAUGGUAACAACCAUUCAUCAACAUUGCAUCAGCAACAAUUUAAUAAACAACAAUUCGAAAUUGCUCGAAACGGAGCACAAAAUAAGGAUGUUGAUAUUUUUUCAAUGCUAAGCAAGGCUCAGGAAGAUUUCAAUAAUGCAGGAACAUCCGUACCUGAUAAGAAUGUUGGUCCUCAGCUAAACCAAGCAUUUGCUGGAAUGCAAUUGAGCAAUAAUGUUCCUCAACAACAUCAGCCAUUAAUGAAACAACUAUCGACAACCAUGCCUGAUAUCACAUCACCAAAUGUCGUUAGUUUCUUUGCAGCUGCACAACAACCAAAUGGAUUCGUAAAACCCGAUGGAUCUCUCAUCCAAUCUCAGAUUAACAAGCCCAUUGUCGUCAACCAUGCAAUUGUUCCUCCGGUGCAAACUCUUGAUGAGAUUGAAAAACAACACCGAGUAUCAGCAUCGCCGACACAACCGCAUUUGAUAAAAUCUGAUUUCAAUAACUUACUCAACUCAGUGGCACAACAGCAAAAGCAGUCAAUUUCUCCUCAACCGGUAAAGUUACAACAACCAGGAGCAUUCCAGCAGCAAGCAAAUAGCAACAAACCAACAUUGAUCACUCCAGCAAUGUUCCAGGUCAGUAACAAUAUUGUCGAAGAGAAGCCAUUAGCACCAGUGCCAAUUCAAUCCAACAUUCGUCCUGAACCUUUAACACAAAAUCAACUUCUCCAAGCAUUGAAUUAUAUGCUCGAAACUGAUCCCGAAUUCAUUCGAAAGAUUCACGAGGCUUAUGUCAAAUCAUUCAAUAAGAUUGUGUCACUCUAAAUGGAACAACAAAUCAGCUGCAGAUGAAGAUGAAGAUCCGAUAAGAUUCGUAAAUUUAUUUUAUUUUCAACAUUCUAAGAAAUUUUAAAAUCAGAAAAAAUCUUUCAAUUUUAAGAAAUGUAAAAAUUGACACAAUAAUUUGUUUUAAAGCGUGUCAGUUUCCUUUCAAUAAAUCUAAAUCAUGUUGUUACAUGUAAGAAACAGAAAAAUUAUUUCCCCUUCACUUUAUGGAUGUAAUAAAAAUAAUUCAGUAAAUUCUUAUC